AUGUCGGCCGCAGGCGGCGACGGAGAUGGUGCCUCUUCUGCAGCGACGGCGCCUUCUUUAACUUCAGCCACGGCUUCAACUUCUGCAGCUCCUGCAGCGUCUUCAUCCUCUGCACCUGCUGCCGGCGCUGCAAAACCCGCUACUCCGCAAUCCGAUGCGACGCCUGCAGUUCCCGUUCGCGACAAGGACGCCCUCAAUCGCGUCGUUGUCGACCGCUUCCAGACGCACGAUUGGAUUCACUCGGCCGCCCUCAAAGAGGCUCAGAUCCGCCUCGAACGAGACACCAAAGACAUGCUCGCACGCGCCAGCGACUACCGCACCUACAGAGACCACUACGCAAACUAUCCUGCCCGUCUCUACGGCGAGGGCUAUCGUGGCUAUGGCAACGGCUACACUGAGAACGGCGCAACGACCAAGAUCAUUUAUCCGUCACAGAAACCGCGACCCGGCAGGAGGACUACGCCGCCCCUGAAAUUCUCCAAGAAGGACAUGAAGAAGCAGGCCGAGCAGCACGAAGAGCUGGUGCCCAUCCGGAUAGACGUUGACUGGGAUAAAAUAAAGCUGCGCGACACCUUCACAUUCAACCUACAUGAGCGUCUAGUAUCUGUAGAGCUCUUCGCUGCACAGCUGGUCGAGGACAUGGGGCUUAAUCCGAACAUCGACAAGGCCGUCUACGAGCAGGUGGUGCAGCAGAUGCAUGAGCAGCUAAACGACUUCUACCCCUUUGCAUACACCGAGGAGGACGCCCUCGACCCCGAGCUUCCGUACUAUGCCUACAAGAACGAUGAGAUGCGCAUCCUGGUGAAGCUCAACAUCACCAUUGGCGCCCACACACUGGUAGACCAAUUCGAGUGGGAAAUCAACAACCCCAUGAAUUCUCCCGAGGAGUUCGCCGCUGCUAUGGCGCGCGACCUGUCACUAUCGGGCGAGUUUACAACAGCCAUCGCCCACUGCAUACGUGAACAAGCACAGCUCUUCACGCGCAGUUUGUACAGCGUCGGCCAUCCAUUUGAUGGGCGGCCUAUUGAGGACCCGGACCUGGUCGCUGCUUUCCUCCCCUCACCAUUACCUUCCGUUUUCAGACCGCAGCAGCAAGCGAAAGACUACGCGCCGUACCUAUACGAGAACACCGAGGCCGAGCUUGAAAGGACCGAGACCAUGUUUUCACGCGAGCAGAGGAGGCAAAAACGGUCCAUCAACCGGCGCGGUGGCCCGCAACUCCCAGAUCUGAAAGAGAGGCAAAGGACGAUCCGGACAUCGAUUGUCUCUUCGGUGCUUCCGGGUGCCGCCCCGGAUAUCGAAAGCAGUCGUUUAUACAAGCGAACCAUAGGCGCCGGCUUGUCCGGGAGAGGCAAGAGGACAGUCCGCGACGGCGACGUGUCUGACUCUGAAGAAAGCGACGACUCCGUCCCUGACUCACCGGCCAUGUCACAACUCCAGGGCACCGCCAGGACUAGGGGAUUGCGCGGAGCCGCUACCGCAGCCGCUCAGCGCAUGGCGAAUCUCGGGCGGUCCGAAACGCCCGAGGCCAUUAUUCACCACCACGAAACCAGGACGUCCCGCCGCUUUGGCCGCGAGGCCACUCGGGAGCAAACCGAAGAGCCGUCGCAGCAUCUCGUAACCCUCCGCGUCAACCCCGCAAGGCUCAGAAAGCUCAUGCGAGACCUCAGAAUGAGACAAACGGCACCCGUAUCCGCAACACCCACCCCAGCCCACCAACGAACUCCGAGCGUCGUUCCGCCAGGUUCCAUGGGUCCCCCUCCUACCACCCCAUCCGCGUCUCAUCAACAGCUUCCCCAAUCCAGACCAGCCGCCAACAGCAACGGCAACAACAACGCUUCAACCCCGGCCACACUACAAGGCCAACUCGGCCGUGUACCCGCCCCCCCACCAGGCCCAACCGGUACACAACCGAACCAGCCACCGCCCCCGCCCCCAGAAUGGCUGCAGGCGGCCCUGAGAGCGCUCUCCAGGCGGUACCCGAACGACUCGUUCGAGGCCACCAUGCGCUACUGCGCGCUCAACACCGAGACCAACGAGCACGUGCCUUUACCCCUGCCCGAACACGCCAGCGGCGCGCCCCCGCCGCCCAACAUCAUGUUUGCCUGGCUGCCCCGCAUCCGCUGCCGCGACUGCCCCGGCAAGCUGUACACGGCCGGCCCGGACACCACCGUCACCAACUUUGAGGUCCACCUCAAGAAUAAGGGCCAUCUGGAACGAGUCCAGACGAGGCUUGCGAAGGCCCAGGGCCAGGGGCAAGCUGCUGGACAGGGGGUUGGGCCGGGGGGUGGGAUGCAGCCGCAGCAGGGGUGA